CGCAAUCCUAGCCCCUUGUCACAAACAGCAGUUAUUUUAAAACUUCAAACUCCGCCACCUCGAGACGACCAUGGCAGUAGUAACGACGCUAAGAUCGACCAAACCCAACUGACGGUUCUCUUCUUUAAUUUAGGAAUAAAACUAAAACGAUCACCCGCCUCCUCGCGAGUCUCAUCCAGGUUCAGUUGUUCUCCUCCUGGUGGCGCGUAUCCAAUGUCUAUACCGGUAGUUCUCCCCGGAUCGUGUUACCCUGUAACUAGGGUUUCUUUGGGUUCACAGUUGGCAGACUCCUCAUUCAGGAGCCGGCCGCCCCGCUGUAUAUCUAGCUCUCGCAUGCCUGGUUCUCAGUCACAGCUGCUACCAGCGCUUCUCCCCGGCGGCCCACUGCUCUCCCUCGGAUUACUGCAGCUGGUUCUCGGCUGCUCCAUGGUCGCGCUCUCCUUCUCAGCUCUCUCCCUCAGCAGCUCACCACCCAUCCGAAACUCAUGCCCUUUCUGGGUCGGAUCUUCAGUGAUCCUGUCAGGGAUCGUUGGCCUCACAACAUGGAGGAGACCCAUGCUGCUGCUGGUGAAUAUGUUUGUGCUGUCGUCAGUGGUGUGUGUUCUUCUCAACCUGGCCGGCUUCAUCCUCUGCUGUCAAGGAGCUCAGAUGGUCUCCACCAUAACCAACUGUCAACUGAGUGAGGUGGAAGAUGUGUGUAACUGCUGUCCUCAAACCCCCACUGCCAAGUGUCCUGAGGACAAACUUCUCAAACUCUACCCUGGACACUCCUGUAGUACCAUGAGGGUCCUGCUCAAGAAGGUUCUGUUUGCGCUAUGUGCUCUGAAUGCUCUGACCACUGCAGUGUGUCUGGUGGCUGCUGCCCUCCGAUACCUACAGGUCUUCACCACCAGUAGACCAUGUAUGGAUGAUCCCAGGCCAAUUGCAGAGGAGGUGGAGGAGCCAACUAUUAUCCCUGACCCGGAUGAGUUUGUCCCCCCUGCCCCUCCCCCCUCCUACUUUUCAACCUUCUACUCCUACACACCACGGCUGGCUCGCAGGAUGUUUGGGGACAGUGUGACACCACUACCUCAUAUCUAUGGUGCCAGGAUUAAAGGAGUAGAGGUGUUCAGUCCUUUAGACCCACCCCCUCCCUACGAAGCUGUUACUGGAGGCUCCGCCCUGGCCACCGCAACACAGGAGACAGAGAUUCAGAUUCCCGUGACGGAUCUGACAGAGUUGACAGAAGAGUUGAAUAACAGCUCAGAGGCGGGUCUUUCAAUUAGAGACGUUGCUCCCCAGACGACGGUUAUGGCAGUGCCCACGUCUCCGCCGUCUUACCCCUCUCCCAUCACCCCCUGCUCCAAGCCAGACCCCCAGGGUGCCCCGGUGCCCCCCGUCAGGAGGUCUCAGCGCCAGAGAAUCAUGCGCUCCUACAGUGACCCUGUACUAUUGGACCUGGCUGCCAAAGUAUUAAGUUGUGAGGCGGCCACACAGACCACCCAGACUUCCCAGUCCGCACUGGCCCCCCAGUCCUCUCGGAACCAGACAGUGACCCUCCGGCAGGGAGGUAGAGGCCCUCGGCGGCCCCGGCCCUCCUCAAUGGUGGACUACCAGAGCUACAGACACACCCAGCAGCUGGUCAGUAGGUUCCUGGAGCAGCCAGUCCACUGCAGCCUGACCCCCGAGGUCCAGGAACUGGUGGACAGCAUCCGCAGCGUGCUGCGCUCUGACCAGAAACAAAUGGAGGAGGCCGUACGCUGUGCCAGCUACAUAGAACAGGUGAUCACAGUAUCAGAGAGAGCAGCUAUCCUCCAGCCCCUCUCCCUCCCCAGGCCCCGCUCCAGACCCAGUGCCCCCCUGUUGAACUGUUCCUCCCAGACCCUGCCCCAGCCCCUCCGGAAGAGACCCUGGCUGCUGCACCUCGGGAGCUGUGGGGACCUCAGCACCUUCACCUGGGCGGAAAAGCAGCCGCUAGAGGACAGGCAGGGUGGUGGCUCUGGCUCCAGGUCCUGGUCUAGAGCUGGGUCUAGAGCGGGUUCUAGGGUGGGUUCUAGGUCGACGUCACGGGCGGGGUCACACCUGGAUCAUCGCGAGCGCCCCCACAGUCUCAUAGGGGUGUUCAGGGAAACUGUGCUCUGAUGGAACUCUGUUAUCCCAUCUCAAAACUUCCCUAGCGAAGAAAUAAUGGUAUGCUCCACUGGGGGGAAAACAGCCCAUUGACUCCAAGUGAAGUGCUCCUACUAGUGGUGAGGUUUGGGACUGCCACUGCUAAAGCUAGUGGAGAAAAGUCCCACAGACUGCAAGGAUUAGCCUUUGGGAAGGCUGCAUGGGCGUGUGUGGUUGUGUAUGAGAGUGUCUGUAUGUGUUUUUUAAUUUUUUAUUUGUGCUGUGCUAAUAUUGUUGAAGUGUUCAGUACAGAUGUUUGCAUCGUGAGAGAAUAUUUCCCAUGAACUAUUCUUUGCUAUACAACCUGUUCUAAAAUGAUUGGCACUGAACAUAUGGCUAGACAGCACCUGCCCUUUUGCCUCUCCCACUCGCCAAGUCUCAUUUUGUUAAUUGUUUUUUUGAAUACCGUUUUUGACGUUGUUGUUCUGAACCCACUGCCCGCAGGUCAUCGUUAAGUUCGCCACCCCCACCCCGUCUGUUGAUUGCACAUGUUGGUCUGCCUUGUGUGGAACUUGGGCAUGCCCGGGUUGUGCCUGUUUCCCAGUCUGCCCUGCUACUUGAUUUGACAUAAUCAUCAGUACUCGGUCUGGUUGGCUGAUACGUGCAGCAGCAACACAGGUAGUCUGUACCUAACCACCAUAUACUAAAAUAUCCACACAUGUCACUAGCCAGCCAUAUACUGGAUCAUGAGUUAGACGAUUGUGCAUAUUCUAUUAUGAAGUUAUUUAAUCAUUUAAGAGCAUUUAUUGAUCACAAUCAGUAAAAAAUAAAUCAAGCUAGCUAACUAGCAGUUUAACGUCAA